ACCGACUUGCUCGUACGUGUUCAGAGAUUAGCUCGAAUAAUUUAGGAUCUCCCACUGGGUGUUCCAUGAUAACACCAUACUCGCCUACCUCAGUAACGCACCCAAUUCUAAUUGGGCAUCUUGGUCUUGGGUCAACUUGCGUUUAUCGGAUCCAGAUCUCAUCGGAUUGCUUUGUAGCUUCAAACACAGGAGCUCAACCAUUCAUCCUGGAACCUCUCCCCAGCUAGGAUCCCUGAAGUCUUCUUCUCCAGCUCUACUCACAUCGUCAGAAAUGGCCAGUGACGCCGGCAGCAAACCGAGUCUUCUAAGCACUUUACCGAAGAAACUACCAGCAGAGUUUCUGAAGGACAUUACAAAUGGGUUCUCCCCUGAUCGAAAACUUGGUCAAGGAGCAUUUGGAGCAGUUUAUAAGGGAUUUCUGCAAGAUGGACAAGCGAUUGCUGUGAAGAAGCUUGCAGAAAAUUCGCCCGUGGCACCUGAAAGGCAAUUUCAAAAUGAGGUUGGAAAUCUUAUGGCGAUCCAGCAUGAAAAUAUAGUGAAACUGGUUGGCUACUGCCAUGAAGCGCAAAAGAAAGUGAUCGAGCACAAUGGAAGAUAUAUUCUUGUAGACAUGGUUGAAAGUUUACUCUGCUACGAAUAUGCUCCUAAGGGAAACCUUGAUAAGUAUAUUUUCGAUAAAUCUACUAGACCUCGUUGGGAGACAUGCUUCAAAAUAAUUAAGGGGAUCUGCCAGGGUUUACAUUUCCUACAUAAGGAAAUGGAUAGGCCUAUUGUUCAUUUGGAUCUUCAGCCUGCAAACAUAUUGUUGGAUGAUAACAUGGUGCCGAAAAUUGCAGAUUUUGGCCUGUCAAGACUCUUUGGCGAAGAGCAAACCCGAAUAAACACACUAAAUGUUGUGGGAGCAAAAGGGUAUAUGGCUCCAGAAUAUCUUUAUAGAGGUGAAAUCUCACCCCGGUCAGAUAUAUACAGCUUAGGUCUUCUAAUCAUCGAGGUCACCACGGGAGAGAAGAAUAGCGCGAACGACCAAGACAUGUCUGCGAGACACUUUAUAGAUAAGGUGCGUCAUACCUGGACAGACGAACACAUAGCAUCCAAGUACUCAUCACUAGAUGCGGAUAGCCUCCAGCAAGUAAAAACAUGCAUUGAAACUGGGCUAAAAUGUGUGGACAUCGAUCAGAAGAAGAGACCUUCUAUAGCUGAGAUUGUUGACAAGCUCAAUGGAAGACAUGCUCACUAAAUGGUGAACGAGUGUGCAGGUGACGGAUGAAACUUGGCAGUUGAUGGCGGGUCAUCAGGGCUAAACGAGUGUUUGGUGUCAGACGAUCAAGGAGGCUGGGCGGAGUCAAGGGUGAUCCUAGCUAUACACAUGGAGGUCAAGCAAAGCAUAAAACAGAGGAUGAAGAUGGCGUGUUGAUAAAGUCAAGUGAAAGAGAUACCAGUGCAAGUAACAAUGUGGUCUGAGGGAUCGGGAGUGGGAGAGACUUGCUGAUGGUCAAGAUUACAGGACGGAGUACACGUGUCGACAUCAAAGCGCUUGCUUAAGGGGUAAGAAAGUGACAAGUCACGUUUUGAGAAGCAUGCAGAGGGUUUUACGGUUGGGCCUCAAAACCGUGAGAGGACUUAUAGAGGGUUUUACGGUUGGGCCUCAAAACCGUGAGAGGACUUCUACGUUUUAAAUGGACAAAUAAAACCGUGGGAGGACUGGAGGAGUAUGUGACACCAUCACAAAGCUUGCAUCAAGGCGAAGCUAAGUAGUGAAGGCACUGGAGCCGUCCGAUAGACGGAGCAAGAAAUAGACCAAAAUACCCUCGGUGGUAUGUAGGAGUGUACCACAAGCUAUUAACAAGCUAGAAAGCUUAGGGGUCAAGUUUCCCAAUCCUAUAAAUAGAGGGGUAGGGUUAUGGGAGAGUUUGAACUAGUCACUUGAGCCCUUUAUGCUAACCAUUUGAGAGCAUAUUUCUAGGGUUUUGGAGGGGAGCAAGAUGAGUGCUUAGCCUAUGUAAUAUGUGAAAGUUUUGAGAGAAAAAUCCUUGUAACCCACCUAAAAUAUGGUUGAUCUUUUUGAGUAAUGAAGUUUAUGUUUUUACA